UUGAAGAAGACCGCCCUACCCUAUUUCUAAAUUCGAUUUCUGAUUCGUUGUUCUCAUAAAAAGGGGUACAAUGCUGUAGCAAUACGUGUCAAAACAUUAAUGUACCAGUAAUACAUUUGUGUUUAUAAAUAUACCUUGACAGUAUUGUCGUGUCAGAAAAUUCUUUUGACAGUUGUAUUUUGACCUGCUCUUGGAAAAUAGAUUUAAUAUGGCUGAUGAUGGAUUUGAUCCGUGUGAAUGUGUGUUUUCUCAUGAAGGGGCAAUGAGGAGAUUAAUAGCUUUGCUGAGAAAUUCACAAUCAUACUGUACUACUGAAGAAUGCUUUAUUAAUCCUCCUGGCCCAGUUGCAACUCAAAGUGAUGGAUCUGAUGGCACUUACAUGAUGUUUGCUAUGGGAUGGUUUCUGUUGGUCGGUUUGCUGUUAUUUUUAAGACCUGCUUCCUUAUCUCAAAGAGGAGAUGAUAAGGCAUCGAACAAUCAGGGUCCUAGUCAACCACCACCAGGUGACUCUGUACAGUAACAGAAGAAUGCCUGCAAUUAUAUAUUUUUUCUUGAAUGAUAUUGAAAAUUAGAUUAUCUUUAUGGAAUUGUUUGUAUUAUAUACAUUCCAGCAUUGUUGUAAUAUGCACUAAAUUCUUUUAUGAUUGUUUGUUUUAAAUAUGUUAUUACAAAUUUUGUGAAAAGCUGAACUGAUUACAUACUAACAUUGUUAUAAAAUGCACAAAAUUAUUUCUAUGCUUGUUUUUUUUAAAGUGUAAUUUAACAUUUAUGUGAAUAUUUCCCUUUUUUAAAUCUUGAUCAGAUACAUUUUACCAUUGUCCUAAGAAAGCACAAAUGUGUUCACUAAAUUCUUCUGAAAAUAAUUUAUCUAAAUAGAAAUUAUGAUUAGAAUUUUUAUAAAAUACUAAUUCAAAAUACAAGUAAAAUCGUAAAAUUUCAAACUAACUUUUUUGCAAGAUUUUUUUUUAAUUUAUAAGUGCAAAGCUUUUAGAACAAAAUCAGAGUGUAUACUUAAUUUCUUCCCUAUUAAAAAUCAAAAAGGGAAAAAACUAGAACUUCUAACAGAAGUAAGCAUUUACCUAACGAUCUAUUUUAGCAUUUAAUAUGUUACUGCUAUUUUUCUCAAAAAAAUUGUACUGCAAAUGAAAAGAGAGAAAUUGCCUCCCUCCUUGAUAAGAGAUACUUCUUGUAAAGUUCUUCCUUGAAAUAUGUGUUUCUUUGAACAUAAUUUUCAUGGAAUCAACGUUUGGUUUUUAAUACGCUAUCAAAAAACGUGUAACAACAGUCCUAGUCCUAAUUACUAUCUUGAAUAUGUCCAAUAUCAAUAUGUAAAUACUGCAUUUUGAGAUUUUGUGAUAUAUAUAUACAAUAUCUUUUAAACUUUCUUUGUAAUAUUUAUUAUCCCAAUAAAAAACAAAGUUUGAUCUGACAUUCUCAUAUGUGAACCUAGUAUA